CAUCCUUUGGCUGGGCGGCGGGGCUGCAGCGCGCCGCGCCUUGAGCGCCGGAUACCUGGACGCCUGGCCUCGACUGGCGCCGCUGGAGGAUGGGAUGGAGGUGAAGAAGUGGCAGCAAGCAGAGGUGAGGCUGUAUCAGUUGCUGAUGAAGGAGUGCAACACGUCCAGAGAAGCUGGGCGCGCUUUUAG